UAUGCCUAUUGCCUAUUGCCUACGUCAGAACUACCGAUUUCGUCAUCACAACAUUCUAUAUUGCCAUUACAUCCAUUCUCGGCAUUCUCCAAUCUUGUGUUAGUUCCGCGACAACAACUGAACGCGCUCGUCGCCAUUUGCUUUUAAGUUCAGUAUUUUGUAAUCGAAAUGUCACAACAAGGUCCUGCGUUCGAUGUGAACGCGAUGACCCUAACACGAUGGGUCCUGGCUCAACAGAGAACGGCUCCGUCGGCUACUGGUGACCUAACACAGCUGCUAAACUCCAUACAAACAGCAGUCAAGGCAAUACAAACGGCCGUGAGGAAAGCCGGCAUCGCUAAACUGCAUGGAAUAUCUGGUGACACGAAUGUCCAGGGUGAAGAGGUGAAGAAACUGGACGUACUCUCCAACGAUUUGUUCAUCAACAUGCUCAAGUCUUCCUUCACCACAUGCCUGUUGGUUUCAGAGGAAAACUCGUCUGUAAUACAGGUGGAGUCGGAAAGGCGCGGAAAAUACGUAGUGUGCUUCGAUCCUCUGGAUGGUUCUUCAAACAUCGACUGUUUGGUGUCUGUCGGGUCCAUCUUCUCUAUUUACAAGAAAACAUCCCCGGGAGAACCCAACGAGUCAGACGCUUUGCGACCCGGCAACGAGCUGGUGGCAGCAGGGUACGCGCUGUACGGCUCAGCCACCAUGUUGGUGCUGAGCCUGGGCCAGGGGAAAGGGGUCUACGGCUUCAUGUACGACCCCUCCAUCGGCGAGUUCAUACUCACUGACCCCAACAUGCGGAUACCGGAAAAGGGCAAGAUUUACUCCAUCAAUGAGGGUUAUGCGGCGGAGUGGUCGGACGGACUAAAGAACUACAUAGAAGAGAAGAAAAGACCCAAGACCGGCAAAGCGUAUGGCGCGAGAUACGUGGGCUCCAUGGUAGCGGACGUCCAUAGGACCAUCAAAUAUGGCGGCAUUUUCAUGUACCCAGCCACUACGUCCGCGCCUAAGGGAAAACUGCGACUCCUAUACGAAUGCAACCCUAUGUCGUUCCUAGUGACUGAAGCUGGUGGGUUGGCAACAAACGGCACCAAGCCCAUCCUGGACAUCGAACCCACGUCCAUCCACGAGAGAGCGCCUUGCUACCUCGGCUCCAAGCUGGACGUUGAAGAGUUGCUGCGAUUUCUGAACUAAGUUGUGAUAUAUUCAUUACAUUUGAAUACGAGACAGGGACUAUACCUACAGCUAUUCUGUCAAAUCCAAUGAUCAAUCAAUAAAAUGCAAUCUUGUAGGCCUAAGAUGGCGACCAAAAAAAAAAAACAAAUGUCGACGAAUAGCGACGCAAUCGAAGAUUUGUUAGCAAUAUUUUCGAUUGCACCGCUAUUGGUCGCUAUUGCACAUUUAAUCACAUAUCAAGCCUACAAUAUUAAUUUUUCAAACAAUAUUCAUACAAAAAUAAAAAAAUAAAAUCAUACUUGUCAUAUUGGUUUUUGGGUAAAUGUUUUUUUUUACAAAAUAGACUGCAGAGCUAAAAAAAAAACUAAGUUUAUUUUUUUAUAUUAAUAAAUAACUGUUCCUAUAUACAAUCUGUAAUAGAAAAAUCUAAUUCCUGUGUAUAUUUUUGUAUUAUAUCGAAUAUAUUUUUUAUAUAUUUAUACAUAAGCGUUGUUCUGUAAAAUCUUUUUCCAAGUUGUUGUCAGAAUAAAACAAUUAUUUUUUUAAAAAUAA